AUGAAAGUGGAGAAGGCGCCGCUGGAAACCUACGGGGAUAUCGGCGGGCUGGAGAAGCAAAUCCAGGAAGUCAAAGAAGCUGUUGAAUUCCCGCUGACUCACCCGGAAUUCUUCGAAGACAUCGGCAUAGCGCCGCCCAAAGGCGUCAUUCUGUACGGGCCGCCAGGCACAGGGAAAACUCUGCUGGCGAAGGCCGUGGCGAACGAAACCAGCGCGACUUUCUUGAGAGUUGUUGGAAGUGAAUUAAUUCAAAAGUAUUUGGGAGAUGGGCCCAAACUGGUUCGCGAGAUGUUCAAACUCGCCAAAGAAAACGCCCCUUCCAUUGUCUUCAUAGACGAGAUCGACGCCGUGGGCACCAAGAGGUACGACGCGACGAGCGGGGGCGAGAAGGAAAUUCAGCGGACGAUGUUGGAGUUGUUGAAUCAGCUCGACGGCUUUGAAGCGCGCGGAGACGUAAAAGUGAUUUUGGCGACCAACAGAAUCGAAAGUUUGGACCCGGCGUUGAUAAGGCCGGGGCGGAUCGACCGCAAGAUUCAACUUCCCAAUCCCGACACCAAAACCAAACGCAAAAUCUUCCAAAUCCACACUUCGCGAAUGACGAUGGCAGACGAUGUGGACCUCGAGGAGUUCGUCAUGGCCAAGGACGAGCUCUCGGGGGCGGACAUUAAAGCAAUCUGCACAGAGGCGGGCAUGUUGGCUCUGCGGGAAAGAAGAAUGAAAAUAACUCAAGACGAUUUGAGACAGGCAAAGGAAAAGGCCCUCUACAGAAAAAAGGGAGAUAUUCCGGAAGGUUUAUAUCUUUGA